ACUGGGGAGGUUAGAGGGUGAGGGUCGAGAGCACUACUCCAGAGGCCCCGGUUCUAAUCCAGCCCCGCCCCACCCAAGCGAACUGUGCCACCCAAGCGAACUGUGCGUUCCUGGAAAAGCCGUUGCCCCACUCUGGACCUCAGUCUGUAUGCCUGUUCCAAGGGGGCACAGUGGCACCUGCAGUCCUCCUCAUAUCUACCUGUGCUUUCCUUCCCCUUUGUGACACCCAGGCUGCUCGUGCCAGCUCUGAUGAUGGUGAUGGUGGUGGUAGUUUAUUGAGUGCUUACUAUAUGCCAAGGAAUUACCCUGGUAUAUCCAUUUUUCACAGAGUUGGAUUCAAACCCAGGUCCAAGGGACCCCAUGAUGUUCCUUUGGGUCUCUUUCUUCUCAUUCCCUGGGCCACUGAGUCCGCAUGAGAUCUGGUUGGAAUCCUGACCCUGCCACUUUCUGACAGGGAGCUUGGGCAACUGACUUGGCUUUCCUGUGCCUCGGUUUCCCCAUUUGCAAAAUGAAGGACUUGUGCCCUUAUUCAGAGGGCUAGUGUCUUCCAAGCGCUUCUCUAUGCUGAGGAUUUCAUGUGUAUCAUCCUCAUGACAUGUUUGAAGGUGCUAGGUGAAACUGUUCGUACUGUUUUGCAGAACACUUGAGGCUCAGAGAAGUGAGCACCUUGUUCAAGGCCACAGAGAGUAAGUGACAGAGCCAGGAAUCGAGCCCAGACUCUUAACAGUGCCAAUAUAUUGCCUCAUCCAUGACUCAGGGCUUGGACCAGUCCCUUUCUUCCCCUGUCUUGAACCUCUUUGCCUUCCCACUUCUUCCAACCAGGAGGCAGGACAAAAGCAUUUCUGAGGCCUCUGUGGCUCUGGGGUUUGAUGGGCUCUCUGUUUUGAGGAUCACAGUACUAGCCUGUACCCCCAGUUGGACUUGCCUUCCCCUGAAGAGUAUUGUUUUGGCUCAAAUUGACCUAGAACUUCGAGAUCCACGCCAGGAGUUGGGGAGGCCUGGGGGACACCUGUGGGACUCAGGGCAGUGUCUACCAACUGGCACCGAAUUACCUUGCUCUUUUACCCACCAGCCUGGCUAUAAUUGUGCAUCCAGCCCGGCUCCAGUGCCCAGACCCAAGUCCCCCACUGCUCAAUGGACACCCCCAGCCCAGACCCGUUGCCUUCGCCUUUGCCUGGGGAGGAAGAGAAACCUCUGGCCUUACCUCCUUCUGUUCCCCGGGGCCGCCGAGGCCGACGUCCGGGGGUGGCCACCUCCUCCAGUCGGACGUUCAAGGCCUGCCUCCCUCGCAAGCGGGGCCGCCCUUCCAAGUCAAGGCAGGAGCCCCCGAUGACGCAGGGGGUGACAGUCCCUGUGAGCAGCGGAGGUGGCAGCGACCUCCUGCUGAUCGAUGAUCAGGGUGUGCCCUAUACAGUGUCUGAAGGGUCAGCAGCAGGAGGGCCCGAGGGCUCCGGCCCUAGGAAGGCCCCGCACUUCUGCCUGGUGUGCCUGCGGGCCUUCCCCUACCUCUCGGACCUGGAGCGCCAUAGCAUCUCGCACUCGGAGCUGAAGCCCCACGAGUGCAAGGACUGCGGCAAGACCUUCAAGCGGUCCAGCCACCUGCGGCGGCACUGCAACAUUCAUGCCGGCCUGCGACCCUUCCGCUGCCCACUCUGCCCGCGCCGCUUCCGCGAGGCGGGAGAGCUGGCCCACCACCACCGCGUCCACUCUGGGGAGCGCCCCUACCAGUGCCCUGUCUGCCGGCUGCGCUUCACGGAGGCCAAUACGCUCCGGCGCCAUGCCAAACGCAAGCACCCCGAGGCCAUGGGGGCACCUGUGUGUCCCCCGGACCCAGGGCCUGAGCCUCCGUGGGACGACGAGGGCAUCCCAGCCACUGCGGGGGCCGAGGAGGAGGAGGAGGGGGGAGAGGACCCAGAGGGGAAACAGCUGGCUUGACCCACACCCCUGGCCACCCCUCCCAAGACUGGGUUUAGGGCUGGGGGUUCAGCUGGUGUUCUGCCUGCGCAGGGAGGUCGGGACACCCUCGUGUCUGGUGGUCUCCCUAUUUGCGGAAGGGGUUUCGGGUGAGGACCGAAACUUCUGGACCCUGCUGCGUUCUGCCACUUUUCCCCAGACUAACAGGGCUUCGGAGGCAGGGGCCGUGAAAAUAAAUCUCUGCCUUCUGGC